CUCGAAGUUAAAAACUGGGUUUAACGCUGCUUGUAACCUAAAGAAUGUUUUCAUCGUUUUAUAAUCACGAGCGAAUACGCCGUACUACGCAUAGAACAUGAAGCGAAGCCUCCUCCUUCCUGUAUCACAAUCAACCCUUUUUUAAACCACUCUACUCUUUGUAUCCUCUUAAAUCCUUUCACAGAAAGUAUGCUCGAGCUGCUAUAUAAAAGCCCUCUUCAAAUAUGGCUCAAGAACGGACCACAGCCACCAACACGUACGAAAAAAACCUUACCGACAAAAACGACUACAAUGCGUAACUAUGACCUUGGAGCAGAGAACCCGAUGGUGCCCACUCCCAUACCGGACGAUGACGAUUUCCAACAACAGAUCGAAGAAGCUGUGGACGAAAUCGAAGCAUGCGCGAAAAAGAUUAGCGAAUUGGGCAACAGCUACAUUGCCAAAAUGAACAACUCGUUUAUUCUAUUGACAGUGCUGGGUUUUGUUCCUGCAGCCAUGGCGUGCCUUGAAUAUCUGGUGGAGCCAUACUAUGGAUUUGUUAUCUGCCUAACGCUGCUUGCUGCAAGUACGUUCUAUACUCUUUACUACAUUAUUCAGUAUUGGGUAAUUCCUGAGGUGUUGAGGUACUUGCUGCGUCGAUUGGUCAAAUCCAAAGACGAAUUAUUCUCGACGUUCGAUCAGGAGACGUCGGAAAAGUACAAGUCCCAGGUCAUCGAGGAGACGGCAAAGACCGCUCAGGAGGCGCGACUGACGUUCGCAAGCCUUUGCAAGCGCCGAGGUGUGGUCGAUGGCGCCUGCCAAAUCAUCAUGGGCCUCUUAUCAUUUGCACUUGUACUGUUACUUUUGAUCGGUGAGAAAACAGAAGAAUGGGGUAUGCCGGCCAUGGCAGAGCUGACGUUUGCCGUGUGGAUGUUUUUUGCCAAUGUCAUCUUGGCUAUUGUCUAUGCCUUUAUCAGCACACGCAAACACAGAAAGAAAUGGCGGGAAACAGAGGCUGUUGCUCGUGAAGUGGCGCGAAAAGAGGCUGCUGUUCAAUUAAUGGCGUAGACUUCUUCUUCUCCUUGUAAUAUUUAUGUACUACCAAAUCGCUUUCUUUUUGUUUAUAUGUUUGUAUUGCACUCAUUUUAAAUCACCAGCUUUCGUACCAACACUAUUCACCUAAUUAUAUUAUUCCCUCUCUUCUCGCAAUUUUGUAUAUCGAUGUUCUGUAUAGCUCUAUUAUUUACCCCAAAACUUGACUUUACCCUUCUUGGCCUAGACCCAUCUUAUAUAUUCCCUUUGCUUUUUUC